AUGGCUUAUCAGAGUGAGAUGGUGAUCAGCUCCCAGCCUCAGGUCACCAUCAACAACUACACCGUGACCACCUCUGGGUCCUCAGAUUGGAGCUCCAACGUUUGUGACUGCUGCGAUGACUGUGGCAUCUGUCUGUGUGCGACCUUCGUGCCCUGUAUCCUGGGCUGUAAGGUUGCACAGGACAAUGGGGACAGUUGCUGUGUGCCUUUCCUCCCUGGAGCCUUGAUCGCCCUGAGGACAAGCAUCCGCAGCAAAUACCGCAUCCCUGGUUCCGUGUGUGAUGACUGGGUAGUCAUGACCUGCCUGCCUUUCUGCGGACUCUGUCAGAUGGCCAGGGAGCAGAAGAUGAGAGGCUGA